AUGGAUUUUGUCACUGAGCUACCUGAGUCCGAUCCUGGAAAUACCUACUUGUUGCUGUUCCAAGAUCAAUUCUCAAGAUACGUCAUGUGUAAACCCAUGCGGAAUACCGAAGCCCAAGAUGUUGCUGAGGCAUAUGAAGAGAGCGUAUUCAGAAGAUUUGGGGCGGGUUCAAUGAUCAGACAUGACCAGGAGCCUCGCUUCAUGAGCAAGGUCUUCGCUAGAUUCAGAGACCUUCUGAAGAGCAAGCAGCGCGGGACGCUAGGAUACCGGCCUCAGGCUAAUGGACAGCAAGAACGCUCAGUCGAAAAUGCGAAGAGUCAGAGCAGUGACUGGGACGAGCAUGCAGAACGUCUCAUGUUCGCUUUUAAUACCUCGUUCGACGCUGCAAGAUUGGACACUCCGUUUUACCUGGUCCAUGGCUGGGCGCCUAGGGAACCAUAUCUGCGAUGCUGGGCCCGAAACCAUCCACAGUCCAAGAGAGAACGGCCUUGGAGUGGCGUCGGAAGAUGCAACGGGACUAUAGCUACGCUCUUGCUUGUGCUGAAGAAUUACAAAAGAAGGCAAAGCGUGCGAGAUCUGCCGCUCAGACUCAGAGAACUCUCGGAUCGUGUAAAGGCGGGUUUCGAGGCAGGUGAUUCUGUAUGGUUGUAUAUUCCCAACGUCCGCACAGGAUUGAGCCGCAAUUUAACUCACCUGUGGCACGGACCUUUCCGAAUCGAUGAAAUUCAUGACGAUUCCAGAUUGGGAAUCAGACACUGCCCAGAGUAUGAAGUUGAAGAGAUCUUAGAUCUCAGGUGGAUCAAACGUACAAGGACGUCUAAGCGUUCUCGGGAAUAUCUGAUCAAGUGGAAAAACUACCCAGAUCUAGAGUGGAUACCUCUAGCCCAACUUAAUUGUGGGACAUUACUAUACGAGUUCGACCAGGGUGCUAAGCCGAGAGCACGUUUCCAAGCUAUGCAAGCUGGGGACGAUCACCCUGGGAACUAG